AUAUUCCAGAGCGGUGGACUUUCAUAAUGCUUUGGCUAUGACAUUGAUCUGCUAGAAAAGACCCACAUUUACUCUUUUAGAUAAAUUUACCUUAAUUGGAAGAAUUUAGAAAUUGAAGGUAAUAAAUUCAAUUUCUAAAUAAGAAAGAGGCAAAGGUGAGACAGACUUUUGAAUAUUAAUAUACGGUAACGCAAAUACGAUAACGAAAGGACAAAAUUAGCAAAUAUCCUUGCCAUACAAAAUGUAUUUUAAGUCAAAUAUAUUUGACUAAAAAGUAAUAUUGAACGACAUGGAUUAGAUACCUAUAGUUUACGAAAAAAGUGACAUUUUUGACACCAGGACGUAAUUAAUUACUAUUCAUUAAAUUUAUUUUCAACGUGCUCCAUUGAAACAAUAAUCAUGAAUCUAUUUUCUAUUGAUCCAUUAUCUUAUUCAAUUUCAUAAAAAAAUAUUUACAGUUACCAAAACUAAAAAAACAAUACAAUAUAGUUUUGACUACAUUCGCAAUAAGCUUUAUUUUCGGUUGGGUCAAAAUUCUUAAAUCGUUAUUGUGAAAAAAAAUCAAUCAAUUGGCCAGUAAAAUCGGUACCACCUUAUAUAGCUGAUCCUGUUUACAAUUCAGUAUUAACGAUUUUUUGCCCUACAAUGUUUUUAACAGUAACUAGGAGAUAAAGGAUUAAGGAAUAUUCUUCAAGAAAGGGAUACAACUUAUAUUUGUAUUCUUAAUUUCUUCUGCAGAGUUUCUAAAUUAAAUGAACUGAGGGAUGCAGCUAUUGGUGUCCUCUAUCCUAAUAUUUCUUUGUACAUGUGAUCUCUCAUCCUCUGCUGAUCCAGUUCUUCAACCUAAAGAAGUUAGCGAUGUAUUAGGCAAUCGUGCCAAUGAAGACAGUAAUAUAACAUGGUCUGAAUUGCCUAAAGGAAAAUCAUAUAAACAAAACGAAACAAAGUUUGAAGAUAAAGGUCUUCAGCCUUACUUUAAUCUUGUAAAUUCCUUCUUGAAAACUACUCAGCCGAAAACUCCGCUUCACGAGAUACUUGAUUAUACGGAGGGUAACUCAUUGGACAUUCAAAAUGUCAUAAAGGAAUAUGGAGUAGGCAUUAUUAUUUGUGGGAGUCUUGGUAUUUUAUUUGUAAUAUUUAUGCCCAUUAUUGGACUAUGUUUUUGUUGCUGUCGCUUAUGUGGAAAUUGCGGGGGUAAACGUAUUCAAAAUAAAGGAUCUUAUGAUAGAGUAAAAGUGAUAAUAUUUUCGGCCUUACUGGUUAUAUUCACAGCCUUUAUCGGAACUAGUGCAGCUUGUGUGAUAGCAACUAGCGAGUAUACAACAGAUGCCAUAAAUAGUUUAUAUAAUAUUAUAUCCAAUGAUUAUGAUGACUUGAACACUUUUUUGGAGAAUGUAGUUGAUGAGACUAAUCACGCUACAAAGAGAAGCUUUGAUUUUGCUGGCACAGUUAUAAAUAGGGAUUUAGAUAAUGUUGGCUAUCUCAUGGGAAUUCCUCUACGAAACCAUCUUGGUAGUUCUUCAGGAGCAAAUGUUGAUAAUAGCAUUAAUAACAUAAAAAAUCUCGAUCCAAGAGUCGAUGAACUGGAGAAGCAGAUGAGUACUAUUAAAAAUAACACCGAUAGCAUAAAGCCUGACGGUACGAAUUUAGAAGCCAGUUUAUUGGAUAUGCGAAACAAAAUAGCCGCUACUAAAGCUCAGACAGGAGCUUGUUUAACCUCUUGCCAAGCCCUAGACCAAACUCUACUUACUAUGGAAGUUGAUUACAACCUACUACCCGAUAUAACUACAGAUUUGAUUGCUAUAAGAGCUGUUCAGGCUCAAGACAUUGCGAAAAAAGCAGAUCAGACUAAGCAAAUUUUCUUUUGGACAGGUGUAAAAAAUCAACUAAGUAAUUUUAGUAAAAUUUUAACGGAUCUGCUUGAAAAUAUCAAUAAACUCCCCCAGGACGCUUCUGAAAAUCUAGAUGAUUCAAAGAAAGACGUUUUGAAAUAUCUUGAUUACGCAAAGGAUUACAAUCCUUAUAGAAGAUAUGUUGGCUUUGGCUUUGGGGGAAUAAUAGCCUUAAUAGGGUGUUUGAUUUUGUUCGGACUUUUAUGUGGUUUACUUGGGUACAAUCAUAAAACUUCGCCCGUGGAUAGAAGCUCUUUAAGUAAUCAUGGAGGAAAUACGCUCAUUUCUUCAACGGCCUUUAUAUUCAUUUUUACUCCUCUUUUUAUGCUUAUUACAACAAUACUUUAUUUGAUUGCUGGAGCUAUGACUCAGAGAAUUGUGUGCGACGUUUUCACGGAUUCGGAAAUGACUGGAAUUAAAGUACUCCUUGAUGGUCCCAGGAGCAUAUUUGGUAAAAACAAAUAUUACUUAGGCGAAAUGUUUCUCCAGAACGAUACAGUCCCUUUAACCUUCUCCGGUGUUCUAAGCGACUGCAAAUUAAAUACGGCGGCCUUCACGGCCUUAAAACUCGAUAGGAAAUUUGAUUUGGAUACGGCUUCCGAUUACAAGAAAUCAAUCGACAUCGAGGGAGAAAUUAAUAAGAUGCAAGUUGAUUUAAGUAAUAUUGAAAUUAUGAAUCAGGAAAUGGAAGAUCUAUUAAAUGCUUUUCACGAUUCCCUUAAUAUCAAUUAUAAUGGAUAUAUAAAUGAGCUCUCAAAAUCGACGACAAGAACUGAUCUAGGGACAUUUGCCACUCAAAUGGAAAAUUCAGCUAAUGACGGUCAAACUAUAAAUCCAGCUAAAGACGAACUGUUAGCCUAUGCUACCCAAUUAAAAGCAAUUUACAACACUGGAACCUAUGCAACGGCAUAUAAUAAUCAAAAUCAAUUAUUGAGAGACGUCGUUCAGCUGCAAACUGAUAAAACGAAAACUCAAGCUGAUAUUAAAACAGCAAUAAAUACAGCAAAAGCCAGCAAUAAUUAUUUUCCAACUCAAUCAGACACCGACGUUAAAAAUGCGGCCUCCAACUACGGUAAAAGAAUUGUUCAUCCUGCCGAUCAAUAUAAAAAGCAAGCAGUGUAUUCUAUGAGAACUGAUGUGGGAAGGUGUUCUACUAUAUAUAACGUCUGGGACAGCCUUUUUAAUAUUGGAUUAUGUCACUACUUUACUUAUUCAGUGAAUGGUUUCUGGUUUGGCAUAGGAUGGGCUAUAUUUUUUAUGAUUCCAAGUGUAAUUUUUGGCGUUAAGUUAGCAAAACAUUUCCGUAAAAUGCGUUUCGAAAAUAUUCAUUCUCAACCGAAUACAAACCAGAGCUUACCGAUGCAAAAUGAUCAUAUACCUACUCAAAACAACAAAGGACCACCAUUUAAAAACAAAGUAUCUCACACAGAUGGUCCGGUCCCAGAGGCUCCAUCACAGCAAGAAUUGUAUCCUAAUUUAAAGUUUAAAAGCUACAAGAUGCCAGCGCCAAAGCCACUUGCUCGUGAAGACGAAUGGUUUUGAACGAAGAAAGAGAGUUUAUAUUUCCAUAGACACCAGAAAUGAUAUAGAAAAAUUUUUCUAUUAGUUCUCAAUUUGUUUUUUUUUGUCUCAGUUAAGCACUUGAAUAAUUGAAUAUUGCUUGAAUAAAUAAA